CCGCCUUUCAUAUUUACCUCUUCCGAGACUUUUCCUCGCGCCAUGUCUUAUAAAGUGGCCUAAACAACAGCAACGCUUUAAAUAACUAAAUAAAUAUUUUGACUACUCUUACAUUUGAUAACACCUCUCGCGAUACACGCUUCCUGCCUCGGCCAAUAAUUGCACGGAGGACUACGACCCCCAAAAUGCACUGGGCUUCUCCUCAGAGAUUGUCGAGGCUCGGAAGGAUUGUCUGAGGAGCAUGGUUUCGGGGUUCGUGUUUCGUAGCGAGGAGGAAUUCCCUUCGUGAAAGCGAAGAGAAAAUCCCUUAGAAGGAGUGUGAGGGGUGAAAGUAGCCAUGGAAGAGGGAAGCGCCAUCUCUGAUGCCGACAGCGAUGAGACGAUAGUUGAGGGGUCCGUGGCGGAGAGCGAUUUAGAAGAAGAGGAGCACCGUGGACAGAGGUUAUCUCUACUUUGUAAGAAUAUAACAUUGGCAACAGAAAAUGGCAUCGCUGCAGAAAUAGGUAACAUAAGUGAAGAAAAGUUAUCUCCAGAGAUUGAGUUUAUUUGUAAACACAGCAUUAACCUCCAAAUCCCAGGGCUCACAGACCUGAUUAAUCUGCUAAAUCAAGAGAGGAACAAAAUGGUAGGAUCUCAGUCUCUGCUCCAAGCUGGGAUAAACUGUCCAGUCAUUGCUAUGGAUAUUUGCCAGCUUGACUGUCCACGAGCUGCUACUGCACAUGGAGAAGACGAGCAUUUUAUCUGUUUAGAUUCUGAAGUGCCUGGAUUUCCGGAAACAUCAGACAGAAAUUUUCCAGAGCCAUUAAAUGAUGAAGACUCUCCAGAAAUAAGCCUUCUUUCAGGUAUGGAUGUAAUAAAGGCACCAUCAAACAAUUCAAUUCUGCAACGUACAGAGAUGUCAGAGAUUUUUCAAAGUGUCAAUAAGGAAGAUAUGACAGAAAAUACUCUUGAAACAAUGACAUCUAGUAUAACUUCAAAUAAAAUAAUGGCUGUAAAGUCUGAAGAUUUAAUGGAGCCACUGAGUGAUUCUGAGACCCUCCAAAUGCUUGACAUGUUGGAAUAUCAGAAUGAUGCUAUUCCUACGGAUACAUCUGUAAAUAAGGAGAGCAAUGCUUUGCCAGUAGAGCUUCUCACGGCACUGAACUCCUUGUCAGAAUCUGUAGCAGCAUCUCUCUGUUUGCCAGCAGACAAGGGAAGUAGGUACAUCACUACAGAGAAAGAACCAACACCAGACCAAACAGAAGAUGGUUGCACACAGAUAACAGAUACACAUUUAAAACCUCAGCUUCUUUUGAAACAUCUUGAAGGAAUAGAAGCUUUAACGAUGACCACGUUGCCACAUCCUUCAGAGGAACAAAUUGACUGUAAUCAGAAUAUGCACCAACUAAACUGUUCAGAUCAUCAGAAUAUGUCUUCUCAUGACACGCCAGCUAAAAAAGCAAAUUCCAUUUUAAAUAAUGCAAGUUCACAUGAACAAACUGUCAAUGUAACUUCAUAUACAAAAAGGAAGUCAGCCCGAAAAAGAAAGGAGUUUACUUUGAAUGAUGUUGAUGCUGCUUCCAAUUGCCAUCAAUUUCUGGAAGGGAUGCAACAGAAAAUACACAGUUAUGAGACUCGGACAAGAACAUCAGCUAAAGUUUUUGACAGAUCUAACAUUCAAGAUAAGGCAAAUGAGUGUUCACAGAUGGGAACUGGCUCAUGCCACUUCUCAUCUGAGGAUGUGAAUACCAAAGUUGAGCAAGUGAGGAAAAGCCAGAGGAUUGCCAAGAAAAGAAGACAAGCCACUUCUAAGAAUUGUUCCAAUGAUUCCUCACGUAACUACAUUUCAUUGUCAAAAAUCAAUAGAAGAGACAUUUUUGGUCAGACAUUAUUACACAGAGCUGCUAUGAAAGGUGACCUAGAUGAUAUAUGUGCAAUGAUAAAAGCUGGUGCAAAUGUAAAUGCUCAGGAUUAUGCAGGUUGGACUCCCCUACAUGAAGCCAGUGUUGCUGGUUUUUUUGAGGCAACAAAUGAGUUUUUAAAAGCUGGGGCUGGUGUUAACUGUAAAGGAAGUGAACAAGUAACACCACUGCAUGAUGCAGUUAAAGAGGGUCACUACAAGGUGGCAGAGUUGCUGCUUUGGUAUGGAGCUGAUCCAUUGUUAAAAAAUGAGAGAGGGAAGAGUCCCUUAGAAGAAGCAGCUGCUGACAGGCAUAUGAGGAAACUACUUGAAAGUUGUAUAGCUAAAUCUCGUAGGUCAGCAUCAGCUGAAAGACUUGUAGAAAGCCCAAGUAGUGACCAAAGUAGAAUGGAGAGCCACCCUAAGGUAAAAAGGAGCUCAGGUGAGAGCAUUCAGCAUUCAACUGUGGAAAAAACAAAGAUACUAAAGCAACACAGUGUAAAGCUGGAACAAAAUAAGAAAAAAGGGACCCCACAGAGUAAUUUUGCUUCCAGACUACACAAUAGGUGUUCACCAUUAAAUGCAACCACAUUUGAAGGUACAUGUCUGGCUUCAAAGGCAAAACAGUCAGUCAGAGAAGGACCACCAUCUUUUUGGGGUACAUCAAGUGACAAAAGAAGAAUAAAUGGCCAAAGAAAGGGCAUACACGAUGGUCUUUCAAAUAGCCUUUCUUUCCCAGAAGGAAUAGUUGGAUCCUCAGGUUAUAACCAGUAUAAUUCAAACAGAACUUGUGAUACUGGAGAAGAAUGUAGCAUGGCUGUGGGGUCAGAAAUACAGCAAGAGAGUGACUUCAAUAAUAGUGAUAAUGACUGUCUAUCAGAAAGGAAAGAGCCUCUUAAAAGCUCUGAGCUGGCAGGAACAACAAAAGAUCAAGUAACUAAUUCCUGUGUUGUCACAUCACUGAAUCUUGUAGACAAAUCUACUUUACCUUCUGAAACUGAGAUAGUAAAUGAGCCUAAUAUCGACUUUACCCACCUUUUAUGCAAAGACAUCAGAUUGCCCCUGCAGGAGGAAAGACAGUGUGCCAUGAAACCUAGUAGUGGGUCCCCUUGUUUUAAAGUUGGUACUUUAGGUGACAACCUUCAUACUAAUGAAAUGAUGCUUGUCUGGACAGUAAGAGAAGCCAUUAAUCCUGCUUAUAAUAAAAACAGACCACCGGUCCAAUACUUGCAUUCUGAAAGCUCUGUAGAUCAAGUUAACCUGGACUGCCACAGAAAUGUAGUCUUGGAGCAUGAACUGAGUGUUAAAGAACCUGUAACUGAACCUAUUUAUUUAGAAGAAAAUCCAUUAGAGGCAAAAAGCACAACUACCACAUUGAUGCAAGAAAUUGCACAUCUUAGUGAUUCAGAUUAUACAGUCCUUUCUGGAGAGUACACUUUAAAUGCAGAUCAAAACUCAGAUACAAACACCUUUAGAGCUGCUGGAAUCUGUCAUGAACAAACAGUUCACGUUAGUAUAGAAAUAUCCUCAACUUUUUCACAGGGUAUUAAUAGAGUUGAUGUUUCUGAAAGUCCUGACACUUAUAGUGUCAGUGAGCAAAGAUUUUUAACUCCUCCUGUGCAUGAAGGCAUUAUGAUGGGGCCAAGAACAGAAGGAAAUGUUGGAAGAUGCUGCCUUGAGAGAACAGAAAAUGGUGGCAGGAUGGACAAUAACACAUUCCUGCCUUUACAGAUGCUGGACAAAAAUCCAUUCCAAGAUAAAUCACUGCAAACUGAGAUCCUUGGAAGAUGUUACAGUGAGAAAAGUGAAAAAGAAAAUUCAAAUAUUAUACCUUUACAAGUGAAUGAACUAGAAACUAUCCAAAGUAAAAUAAUGGAAGCAGGAAGAGAGUUAUGCAAUUCUAGGUCUAGAAAAAUCCAUAGCUGUUGUGAUUGCUCUGAAAAGGAUAACUCGGUUUCACAACCCAAUUCAUCUAGACAAAGCUGUGACACACAUGAGUCCAUCAAUGAAUUAUUGCAUGACAUAGAAGACAAGCAGGAUAGACUUUUGCUCUUUGAAUUAAGAAGCCAAAGAGAUGCAGAUCUAUAUAUCCAAGACCUAUCUCAGAUACAGAACAUUUUGAAUGCUCUACUUGCCAAACAGAAAUCAGAAAGGGAUGCCCUUGCUAAGAAAUACAGAACUUCUGUGGAAUGUUUUAAACAGGGAGCACUGAGGGAACAGAUAGCAAAGCUUGUUUCCAGACAGAAGAGCCUUUUACUUAUGGCACAAAAACAGAAAGCACUAGGCCGGAAAAUACAGAACUAUAAGAAUGCAAAAAAAGAGUCUUCAAGUAAAGCAAAACACCUCCUAAGCACAUUAAUUCCUUGUGAAGGCAACAACACAGAAGAUGGUGCUUCUGGUAAAACAGCGCUCUGCCCUGAUGUAGUUGUAAGCCUUGAAACCAGCAGGAUCAGAGACAAUAUUUUUUUAGAUCAAGAGUCCAGCCAAUAUCCAAAUAGAUCUCUGAAUAUGUCAGGUGGAAACGGAAAAGGAAUUAGAGGGGAAAAAGUUGAUCUAGAAGAUUUGGUGUCUGAAAACAAUCUCAGGGAAAACAGCACUGAGGAGGUAACAAAGAUAACACAUUCAAAGUCCUCUGAUACUAUAGUUCAGGCAACGUUGUCUUCAGAACCUGUUGGUUGCUUUACUCAACAAAUAUACCUAGAAGAUACUGAUUGUAUAUCAGUGGCAUUGCAAAGAAACAAACCCCUAAGAGUAUGUACACUGAACAGUUCAGCAACUGGAAGUAUUGUCAAUAAUAAUAUCAAUCAGCGAACCACUGAAAGUCAAUAUGUUUGCACUAAUGAGCCUUUGCAGCAAUGUUCAAACAUAAGUGAGGAUUUGCAAAUUCAACCAGAAUUAGCAUCUACAGACAGCUAUCUUGCUAUUCAUCAAAAAAACAUACCAAACAAUCAAAUCUCACUUAAUGCUAAUUUAGAGCCUACAAGGCUAUUUUCUCAUGCACUAUUACAAAACAGCUCAAAUUCUUCUCCGUGUUCCAACAGUCAGAAUUCUGAAAAGCAAUUAAACUUCAAAGCAAACAGAAGAGAAAAAAAUCAGCUACUACAUCUGCUUGAACUGGGAAAAAUUAAGCCAGGAGAUGAUGUUUUAGAAUUCACACUGCAGGAUUCUAAACACAAAGCCAGUCUUUUGGGAAAUGGUAAAGUGAAAACUGGCAACAACUCAGUUUACCAAAAUCUAGUUCAGUGGAUUAAAGCACUAUUGGGAAAUGACAUUUCUGUAAAUUGGAAAUAUGCAUACAGUAAGGUCACAUACAGUGGAACUCUGUUAUCAAAAAUUAUUGCUGAAGUCCAUGUUUCUAAGGAGCUGGAAUUACAACAAAAAAAGCUAUUUGGGAGAAACUCUACAGGAUGCGAUUACAGCCGAGGUGUUGCUGAAUUGUGCUGUUGUAGUCAUAAGACCUCUUCCUCCCAGGAUGUGGAUAAUAUACAGCAGAAAGUUGCACCUUUUUCUCAAGAAAUGGAAAUCCUCCCAUCCUCUGAAACAGAAGCUGAUGAGAUAAUGCCAGAAGUCAGUGAAAUAAAAGCUUCCUACCACUUUAAUUCCUCAGCAAGACCCAGGAGGUUUCUACAGUUCAACAGCAGAGCGUUAAUAAAGGAUGAAGAAUUUAUGCCAGGUCAUAUAAUGGAUCAAUACUGGAACUUUUAUGUCCAUUGCAAGAAUUUUGGAUUUUAAAUAAAACAUCCUGAAAGAUAAAUGUUUUCUUUCCCUAUCUAGUAAAAUGUAGAAUUUGGAGAAGAGGCUUGUUUUGCUUUUUUGAAGUUUUGUUACUGAGCCUUGCGUAUAGUUAUAUUCCAACAGAUUUAAACAGUCAGAGCUUUUAGUAGGAGAUUAGGGGGAGAAAAAGGACUCUCAGCGUAAGUAUAGUUUAUAUGCUUUAGAAUGGUACACCCCUGCCGUGUAGCUACAGUUGCUAUGGACUAGCCAUAGUACACCUUAUCAUGGCUAAGAAAAGUCUGCUUGGAUGGCUUAAAGACAAAAAUAGUCAGGAUUGCACUGGUUGUGGUUAUUGAAGCACACUGACAGAAGGUUAACAACAUUUCAGGUGCCACAGGCAUUGAGUUGUGGCUUGAACUCUAGUCUGUAGGUCACCAAGAAAUGUUUAGUCUGCUUAUCUUUAGUCAAAGUGUCAGUAUCUGCCAAUUUUGACAUGCCAACCCUAUGUAAAGGGCAAUGAACAAAUGAUUGUAUCUAAGAAAGAAGACAUAUUUUUAGCAGUACAGGACUCUUUCAGUCUCAAGGAUUAUUACAAAAAGCAAGUCUUACCUCAGUGUGAAUCUCAUCUGCCUGAACACAUCAUAAUACAAAGAUUCACAGAGCUUUAAAAAGAGAGAGAAACAGACAUACAUAUUUUUGAAGUAAUUCCUUUGGGUGUGUUCACAUUGAGCUGGUCCCAAUGUAAAUCUGGUCAUGUGGUUCCUUUCCCCUUCCAUCUCAUAUGCAAAUUUGUUAGCAUUAACUGUGAUUAAUGUGGAUACCAACACAGCCCUGGUUAAGGCCAGCAGGAGAAUUUGUAUGAAAGAAGGGAAGGACUGGGGAAGAAAGUACUGAGUUUUAUUCACCUCCACCCAACAUUGUAAAGUGAUUGCAGUCUUUGCACUGGCCUAUUCAGAUAUAAAAACAUACUUAUUACAUGGUAAAUAACUCAGUAUUUUGAAAUACACAGAAGUGAAGCCUUAAUUCUCAGUGUCAUUCAAAAAUAUUCAGGGGUAUUCAAAUACAAUGCAAAAAUAUUUUUAUUCAUUUUGAUUAUAUUUUCUUUAUACUGUGCACUAUCCUCUGGAGGUAUGAUAUUUGUCUUACACUUACCAAAAAAGCAGGAAAUAUUUCAAAUAUGCCUGCUAUAAUCGACAUUGAAAAUAAUAUGGGCCCUUUUCACUUGUUGGAUUAAAAACAUUUUAAAAAUGUGAAAUGAUUGUUAACUCACUUGUCCUGAAUUGCUGACAGUAUCAUCUGCAGCAGUUUUUCUACUGAUGAUUUGAUCUGAGUAUAAGCUGGUGUACUGAAGUGACUGCUUAGGCAAAAAAUAUCAGACAUCACAUAGAUGUGGGAACAGUCUGUAGUAAGAAAACAUAAUUACUUUCCUUCCUGUUAACACAGUUAGAAAGAAUGUCUAAGGUUUCAAAUGGCAAAAUUGUCAUGAAAUGAAGUUACAUUAGUUUAAUGAAUAAGGUAUUUAAAUUAGGGUUAUUUAUGUAGGCUGCAAUCCAGUCCACACUUACCUGGGAGUAAGUCCCACUGAACCCAGUGGAGCGUACUUCUGAACAGACAUGUAUUGGAUUGCAGCCUUAGUCUGAUUUACUUGCCCUUUCAGAUCCUGUUACGUUUUAAUUACUUUUCUCUUUUGUUAUAGCAAACAUAAUGAAAAUACUUGUUGAAAGUGAGCAGUGGUUCAUAUUCAUGUUUUGCCUGUGCAGUAGAAUAUUUUACUGCCUGGGAAAUGUACAAAAAAUUAUCUGAAUAUUAGAUUUACUUCACUGUAAUUGGUUGUUCUUUUCUUUUAUGUAAGGUACCUCAUAAAUUAGUAAUAUCAAC